UCAACCCUCCACUCUGUCUUAGUCCCGGAUUAUACGUCGUACAGUGCACUACGUGCAGCUUGCGAAAGCUCGUAUAACCAUCAGAAAUAUUGAGUGAUUUUUCCUCAAGCCUCCAAAACACGUGUUUCGAAGUGUAAAAGUAUUCAAUCGAAUCAAAAUGCCGCUCGCCAAGGAUUUCCUGCACCCGCUUCCGGCCGAGGAGAAGCGUAAGCACAAGUUGAAGCGCCUGGUGCCUCAUCCGAACUCGUACUUCAUGGACGUCAAGUGCCCCGGAUGCUAUAAAAUUACGACCGUCUUCAGCCAUGCCCAGAGCGUCGUCGUUUGCACCGGCUGUUCAACGAUCCUGUGUCAGCCCACGGGAGGAAAGGCCCGGCUCACGGAGGGAUGCUCUUUCCGCAAGAAGCCCUACUAAAGUAAGAAAAGGUGCCGAAGACUGAAAUCUGUUCCGUUUUUUUCCGAUGAGUUUGCGGGGAUAAGAAAGCUGCGCGAAGGCGAUGGAUUGAUGGCCUCCGGGUUUUGUUCGUCGUGUGAAGUGCAGUGCAAGAAUAAGUUGUUGAAAGUCGUGUUUUGAUUAGAAGAAUAUGUAAUGCAGAGUAGUUGAAUUCGAUGGAAUAAACGGAAGAUUUUGGAAAACGGAAGGAGCCACAGAAA